AUGAAAAAAAUUCUGCCUUCAAAAUAUCAUUUGUAUAUGAAGGAAGGCAACAAUCUGGCCAACGGAACGACGCUGGGUCCAUUGCAAAUCGAUGUUGGCGUUGCUGGUGCAUUGGCGGAUAGCCUGAAUGGUGAUCGCCGGAGGCAUCGAACCGAUCCCGGGAUUAUCACUCAACGAAUCAGCACUUAUUUACACAGGUCAAUUUCAAUUCUAUUCCACUCCGAAGUUCAUCAGUUCAUUGUGUUGUUCUUUCAGACAAUUAUGCUUGAUAUAAUAAUGAUAAUAAGUUUAACUAUUCGCCAUAUCCAUUGCCUCUUAUUGGAUUGGAUGAAUGAAUCGUAA